AUGAAAUGGGAAGCUGCAAAAGAACAAAGCAAAGGUUCUGUCAAGGGAGUCCCUAUGGACAUGUACUAGUGCUGUAAGCAUUGAUGUUGAAGGAAAGAUAUUCCAAGCUGCAAAGGAUGCUGGGAUUAUCAUGUUGACAAUAACACAUAGACCAUCGCUAUGGAAUACCACACUCAUCUACUGCAGUUUGAUGGAACUGGUAAUUGGAGGUUGGAAGAGCUAGACACAGCAGCACGACUCAGCUUAAAUGAAGAGAAACAACGUCUUGAAUCACAGCUGUCUGGGAUUCCACGCAUGCAGGAAAGACUGAAUGAGUUAUGUGAGAUCUUAGGGGAGGAUUCCGUGCAGAGGACAGCGCCCUCUAAGGAUAAGAAGAAGAAUGGAUGUGAAUAAAAGAUGGGUAUUGGAGAACAAAUCAAUUGAGAUGAUGAGAGUUGCCAUUGAUAAAGGCACAGAAGGCAAUAUGUUCAUAUUAUUUGCCAAAUAUAAGGAGAGAGUUAAUAGAAAGAAAGACAGAGAGAAAAGAGAGACAGAGACAGCCGAUCAGACAAAGAGAAUGUAGGAACUAUAAGUGCAUGAUCACAUAGUGAUCAAGUAGAAUAGGUGCAAUAGAUUGAGCAAUCUAGGCACAGAGGAUAACAUGUGAAAUAAGCUGCCAUGGGAAAGUAAUCCAAUUCAAAUUUUAGCAUUCUGCUUCCCAAAAUGUUAGUAUUUAUUGCCAGAGGCCAAUGUUAAACAGGACUUCAGAAUAUUGGCCAAUGGAAACAGAAAAUAAAUACAAGGGGUGAACUUAUUUGUUCAGUCAGUCUUUUGGGGCUUCUUUUUUGUUUUGAUGGGGGGGGGGUACAUAUAAAAGGUUUCUAAAACAGCUCAUUGCAGGUUAACAAUUUUACAUUUCUUUGAAUAUAGUCAGGAUUAUACAGUACACUCUGUAUAUUGAAACAAUUUAAAGGCAACUGAUGGUAUGCUGUAGGUUCCAAGUGCAGCUGUUCCAUGAUGGAAAUUGAUUUUUAUACCCUAGCCAAACAAAGUAUGAAGGGGGUACAUGUAUGGGCAUCAGCGUACAGUUGGGUGGGUGGUCAGUGGGUCUGUUGCAAAUCUUGCACAUCAAACUACUUCCUCAAUUUGUCAUCAAUUUUCAUGAAAUUGGGGUACAGAUGUGCAAGACACAUUUUUUGCAUGUGUUGGAAUUUGUGUUGCCAUGGUAAUAAAAUAUAUGGCAAAAAUUAUAUUUAAAAAUCUUUUGCGAUUCAAACUACUUCAUCAGUGCUCAGUGUUUUUUUUUUUCACUUGUCAGAAAUUGCAUUGCCAUGGUAACCACAUAUUCUAGCCAAACACCCAGGAAAACUCCUUGUGGAUCAAACUACUUUCUCAGUUUUUAACCAGUGCUCAUGGAAGUUGGCAGAAGUAUUCUCUUUGAUGUGAAGACAUACAAGAUUUAUUUUCUAAAUGUGUUCAAAACUGCAUUACCAUAGUAACGUCAUAGGGCGGAGGUAUUAAUCACCAGUGAUAUUUCUAAUUUGUUUGUAAGUUAUGGUAUAUAUGGACACCGUCCUCUUUUUGCAGGUGGUGAUAAAAUGUUUCAUUGUAAUUGUAAUGAUUUACAAUUGAAAGAGCCCGCCCAAGUUAUAGCCAGUAUUAUUAUAUUUCAAGUCACCUGUAUAUGUAGUUAUUUUGUACUUUACCGCCUAAGAACAUGUAUCACAUAUAAUAGAGUUUAAAAACUGUUGCACAAUUCUAUAUCACAUUAAAUAGAUUUGCCUUGGGAUAUACAAUAUAGAUACUGAGAUAAUGAAAAAUGUGGAUAUGUGAGAUAAAGAGCAAGUGGAAUAGUGAGAAUAACUAGGGGAAAAUGUUAAACUAAACAUAACUGCAGCUUUAAAUGCAACUGACUAGAUGUAGUAUAAAGAUAUUCUGAAAUAGUGUGAUCCAAGUGAAAGGUUGUAAAUGUAUCAAUGAUGAAAGACUGUUGAUUUAUCAUUUAGUUGGAAGUGUUUUAAUGUUUGACAUCUUUUAUGAAUAUUAUAUUAAUAUUUGCUAUCUA